GGACGCGGUGUCCGCUGUUACCACGGUGACGCAGAGACGCUGGUCUUCAAAUCCUUUUAUCCGCCAGCUAGCGAGUGUCAUCGAGGGGAAAUCUCGGUUUCAGACCUGAAGUCGUUUGUUUAGUUUACGGUGUGUUUGACGGCUGAUCAUGGCGGGAGUGUUAGACGCGCUUUGGGAGGACAGAGAUGUUCGCUUCGACAUCACACCACAACAGAUGAAAACCAGGCCGGGUGAGGUACUCAUCGACUGUCUGGAUUCAAUUGAAGACACUAAAGGAAAUAAUGGCGAUAGAGGAAGACUCCUGGUGACCAAUUUAAGAAUCAUCUGGCAUUCUGUCGCCUUGCCAAGGGUUAACUUAUCUGUGGGAUACAAUUCCGUCAUAAACAUCACAACAAGAACAGCAAAUUCAAAAUUGCGGGGACAGACUGAAGCUCUCUACAUCCUGACUAAAUCAAAUAACACAAGAUUCGAGUUUAUUUUCACCAACGUCAUUCCUGGAAGUCCAAGACUCUUCACUUCUGUCAUUGCUGUACACAGAGCUUAUGAGACGUCUAAAAUGUACCGGGAUCUCAAAUUAAGAGCAGCUUUGAUUCAGAAUAAGCAGCUGAGAUUACUGCCACGCGAACAAGUGUAUGAUAAAAUCAAUGGAGUUUGGAAUUUAUCCAGUGAUCAGGGUAACCUGGGCACGUUUUUCAUUACUAAUGUGAGGAUAGUGUGGCACGCCAACAUGAACGAAAGCUUCAACGUCAGCAUUCCCUACUUGCAAAUACGCUCUAUAAGGAUUAGAGACUCCAAGUUUGGACUUGCGCUUGUGAUCGAGAGCUCUCAACAGACAGGUGGAUAUGUACUGGGUUUUAAGAUCGAUCCACUGGACAAGUUACAGGAUGCCGUGAAAGAAAUAAACUCUCUUCACAAAGUCUAUUCUGCAAACCCUAUCUUUGGUGUGGAAUACGAGAUGGAGGAAAAGCCACAGCCGUUGGAAGAGCUAACAGUGGAGCAGCCUCCUGAUGAUAUAGAGAUCGAGCCAGAUGAACAGACUGAUGCUUUUACAGCGUACUUUGCUGAUGGGAACAAGCAACAAGAUCGGGAGCCAGUGUUCUCUGAAGAGCUGGGUUUAGCAGUGGAGAAGUUAAAAGAUGGCUUCACGCUACAAGGACUUUGGGAGGUCAUGGGUUGAAAAAUUUUGUGGACAGAAAAAGUGAUGUUAGGUGAUGAUCAGUAUAACGUGUUAAUCAUGAGAGUAUUUAAAGGCUAAAUGGAAAAAAGUUGUUUUGUAUUAUUGUUGUUUUAAUGUUUACAGAAGUUUGUAUUUAAUAUCUAGUUGUAUUUAUUUAUUUCCAGACUUAAUUUAUAUAUUGUGUGUAUAUAGAAUGAAAAUUAAUACUAUUAAAUUACUACUAUGAAAAAUAUUACUAUAUAUAGUAUGAUGAAUUACUAACAAUAUCAGUGUAUAGUUAUUAAUAUUCUUAUGAUUGAAUCAUGUCAGUUUAAGGCAGAAAUAAAUGGAUGAAAGAUUUGUAUGCUAUCAACUUUCUAGGUGUACUUUGUCAAAAAAAAAAAAAAAUUUCUACUAGAGCGUAAUAAAUCUACCAAAACAG